AUGGGGUAUAACUCUAAAUUCACUCCCAAAGGAAAUACCAACAGUUUCAAAAGGUCUCCCACUGACAGGAUGGACAAUUAUAGGAGAAAGAGACUAACUCCAGCUAAAAUGGAUGAUAACAGGGCCAAAGGAUUUCGCUUCUUCUGUGAUGAAAAGUUUGCAGUUGGGCAUAAGUGCAAGGCUAAGAGUUUAGAGGAACAUUUAGAACACCUCAAGGUGGCAUUUGAGCUACUGUUCAAGCAUCAAUUGUUAGAAAAAAGAAGUAAACGUGUAUUUGCAGCUAAAAAAAUGGAAUACCUAGGCCAUUACAUUUCAACACACAGGGUAUCAACUGACCCUAGGAAGAUUAAAACAGUUAAGCUGUGUCCUGAACCUAAGAAUGUUACUCAGUUGAGGAGGUUUCAUGGGCUAGAAAGUUAUUACAGAAAGUUUAUAAAAGGAUAUGGGAUCAUCAACAAGCCCCUCACUGGCCUACUCAAGAAGGAUGGGUUUUGUUGGACUAAAAAAACUAGUGAAGCCUUCAACAAAUUAAAGGUGGAUCUAACUACUGCAACAGUACUAGUGCUACCUGAUUUCUCCCUAACAUUCUUAGUAGAUAUAGAUGCUUGCAAUGUAGGAAUUGGAGUUGUACUCGUGCAAAAGGGACAACAUAUUGCCUUCCUUAGUAAAUGA